GCUUCGGCUCGGAGUCCGCGCCUCUCGCUUCCCGGACCCACCGCCCGUGGGAAGCGAAGGGGGGGGACAGGCCCUCGGCUCGCCCCCCCCCCCCGGCCCCGCCUCCCGUCGGGGCUCAGCCGGGCGAGGCGGCGGGGCCCCCCAGGCGAUGGCCACGGAGCUGGCGAUGGGCGCCGAGCUGCCCAGCAGCCCGCUGGCCAUCGAGUACGUGAACGAUUUCGACCUGAUGAAGUUCGAGGUGAAGAAGGAGCCGCCCGAGGCCGAGCGCUUUUGCCAUCGACUGCCACCUGGCUCGCUGUCCUCGACGCCGCUCAGCACGCCGUGUUCCUCCGUGCCCUCUUCACCCAGCUUCUGCGCGCCCAGCCCCGGCACCAGCGGCGGCGCGGGGGGCGGCGGCGGCGGCGCGGCGCAGGCCGGGGCCACCCCGGGGCAGGCGAGUGGGGGCCCCGGCGCCGUCGGGGGCGCCUCGGGGAAGCCGGCGCUGGAGGAUCUGUACUGGAUGAGUGGCUAUCAGCACCACCUUAACCCCGAGGCCCUCAACCUGACGCCCGAGGACGCGGUGGAGGCGCUCAUCGGAAGCAGCCACCACGCUGGGCACCACGGCGCGCACCACCCAGCGGCCGCUGCGGCCUACGAGGCCUUCCGGGGCCAGGGCUUCGCGGGCGGCGGCGGCGCGGACGACAUGGGCGCCGGCCACCACCACGGCACCCACCACGCCGCCCACCACCACCACCACGCGCCCCACCACCAUCACCACCACCACCACGGCGGCGCGGGCCACGGCGGCGGCGGCACGACCCACCACGUGCGCUUGGAGGAGCGCUUCUCCGACGACCAGCUGGUGUCCAUGUCCGUGCGCGAGCUGAACAGGCAGCUCCGCGGCUUCAGCAAGGAGGAGGUCAUCCGGCUGAAGCAGAAGCGGCGCACGCUUAAGAACCGCGGCUACGCGCAGUCGUGCCGCUUCAAGCGGGUGCAGCAGCGGCACAUUCUGGAGAGCGAGAAGUGCCAGCUCCAGAGCCAGGUGGAGCAGCUGAAGCUGGAGGUGGGGCGCCUGGCCAAGGAGCGGGACCUGUACAAGGAGAAAUACGAGAAGCUGGCCGGCCGGGGCGGCCCCGGGGGCGCGGGCGGGGCCGGCUUCCCGCGGGAGUCCUCGCCGCCGCAGGCCGGGCCCGGCGGGGCCAAGGGCGCGCCCGACUUCUUCCUGUGAGCGCGGGGCCCAGAGCCAGCGCCACCGCCGAGUAGAGGCUCGCGCGGGCGGCCGGGGGCCUGGACUUGGACUCCGCAGCUCAGGGCGAGGACGCAUGGCCGCGCCGAGCCUCCCCAGCGCGCCGGCCCCCGCGUGAGUGCCACCGCCUCCGGCCGGGCCGGCCCCGCGCGCCUUGUCUGCAGGCGCCGGACAGAGGCCCGUCCCUCGGCGCGGUCUCCUCUCUCCCGGCCUGCGCACCUUCCCGGGUCGCCAUCCCGACGCUGUUCCAACUCCUCUGCUCGGAGCACGGCGACUCCCAGGAAGCUGGACCGGGUCGAAGUCCUUCCUGGCGUCCGCUUGUACAUACGUGGAGCGCGGUUGUGCGUCCGACCUCACCCGGACCGCCGCGGGCAGCCGGCGCCGCCCUGCACCCUUGGUCUCCUUUCUUUUGGCCUCCCUACCCAGGCCUUUUGUACUCCUUUUCGAAGCGGUACUUAUUUUCGAAGUAUUUAUAUUUAUUUUGCUCGGUGAUCAGAAAAGGAAACCCCGGAGAAGCUCCCUUCUUCCCGCCGGGGUUGCCCUCGGAUGUCCGUGUGUCCUAGCAUGUGUCGCUCGCUCGGAGGGUCCUGGCCCCUGCCUGCCCGCUUGCCCGCCUGCCCCCCACCCUGCCACUGGCGUCCCCUAGAGAUUGACAUGGAGGAGCAUUAUCUAUGCUGUGUUCAGUCCUGCUGCCCUACUGUACUCCGGGGUGGGGGGAGGGGGGUGGGAGCUGGCCGGGACUUCCGUGCUGCUAUUUCUCUAUGCACCAGAUUGUAUUUAUGGCUCCUGGGGAAAUAUAUCUUAUUUUAACCCUCAAGAGAAGUGAAAAAAAAAAAAAAAGUAAUGCACAGUAUUUCUAGCAGAAAAAAAAAUUUUUUUUGAGAGGAGGUUUCGCCUGAAUCUCCUGGCAUGGAGUCCGGUGGAGAAAGUGUAUAAUUUUAUUUUAAUUUAAAAUGUGUUUCGUUUUGUUUGUGGAUUCUUUUUUAAACGACCUGAUCACUUUUGGAGUGGCCAGAAGAGGGAGGGGAGGCCGAGCUCUGGCCCCUUUAAGCCCCCAGCCCCUGACGGCACCCUGCACCCCGGCCUGGGCUCCUUCCACGCCUGCUCGAGAUACCAACUGCAGGAGAUACCAACUCCUUGCAAGUUUUGUUGUGCUGUGGGGUUUCGUUGGGUUCUUUUUUCAUUUGCUACGAAACUGAGGAAAGAAAAAAACACACAAAAUAAAUUCAUUUAGAUCCAAAAGUUA